AUGAGGGUGCGGCACUUGCACAGUUUUCUGCAGGAGCGGCAGCUGCUGCGUCAAAGCCGAUUAGAAGAGUUAAGAGGACAGCGAAUAGGUGUAGAUGCAUUAUAUUAUUUGCGGUGUAUAGGCACAUGCGGGGAGGGUUUAUUAGGGCUUCUAGGUGAGAGCCACACAUAUCUUCUUGCUGCGCUGCAGCAGCAGCUGCAGCUGCUGCAGCACUACGAAAUAACCCCUGUCUUUGUCUUUAGAGGUAUAGAGCCGCAAGGGCACCACCUGUUUACUCAGCAGCAAGAUCAGAGGCCUCUCUGGGGGAAGUUCUAUACAGAGGGUGCUGCUGCUGCAGCAGCAGCAGCAGCAGACGCUGCAGCAGCUUGCUGCGGAAACCUUACUGCUUCUCCUGCUGCAACCGGAAGCAGCAACACGCGACCCAGCAGCAGCAGCAGCAGCAGCAACAAUGGCGUGCAUACUAACGGCCAUGGAGACACUGCAAAUGGUAGCAGCAGCAGCAGCAGCAGCAGCAGCAGCAGCAGCAGCAACAACAGCAGCAGCAGCAGUGGGGGUGCAUUGGUGCGUAGUGGCAACAGCAGCGGUAGCUGCAGCUGCAGCAGCAGCAGCAUAACUGAAGAUGUGGAGGGUUUCCUGCUGCAGCAGCUGCAGCAGAUGGGCGUUGAAGCUUUUCGUGCACCUUACUUAGCGCUGCCUCAGCUGUCUUACUUAGAAGAGAUAGGAUAUAUUGACGCUGUUAUAGGGCCUCCUUCAGCUUUAUUAUUUGGUUUGCCUCGAGUAAUAUUGCAUAUAGACAGCAGCAAUAACAGCAGCAGCAGCAGCAGCAGCAACAGCAGCAGCAGCAGCAGCAGCAAUGGCCGUCCAGCAGCUUUCUUCAGCUGGGUUUGUAAGGGGCCUUUGAUGCUCUCUUUAGGCGUCUCUGAAGAACAGUUUGCUGAUGCCUGUCUCCUUGCAGGGACAGAUUAUUCGUUUACAUUUCCUUAUUUAAAUCUAGCUCAGUUUCGUGUUGCUGCUGCUGCUGCUGCAGCAGCAGCAGCUGCUGCUGCUUUCUCCUUCGGCUCUGCACUUGAAUUCAUCAAACAGGCGCCGCUCUGCAGCUACUUGCAGCAGUUCCCCACAGACAAUAUGAAAGCAGAACAUAUCGAAGGGUGCCUCCUUACGCACCCGCUGGUCUUGAAGGAGACAGGCAAUGUAGAGUUCUUCGUUCCUUCAUCUCGGCAGCAGCAGCAGCAGCAGCAGCAGCAGCAGCAGCAGCAGCAGGCUCAGGCACAGGCACAGGCUCAGGCUCAGCAGCAGCAGCAUCCGCAGCAGCCUCCGCCUCAGCAGCAGCAGCAGCAGCAGCAACUGCAGCAGCAGCAGCAGCAGCAGAGGGUUCCGCUGCCUCCGAAGGAUUUCAGGUUAAUAUCGCGACAUCUGCAUUCAGUGUUUCAGACAGAGCCUGUUGUAUUUCUUUAUGCUUCUGCUGGUGCAGCAGCAGAGACAAGAAGCAGCAGCAGCAACUCUCCUGCUUGCUUCAGCAGCAGCUUAUGUCGUUACUGGGUUGUCUCUGCUGCAGCAGUAGCAGCAGAAUUAAAGAGACAGAAUUGCACGCAUCUAUCAAUGAGGUUUUGUUUAGACUGGUUCUCUGCUGCUGCUGAGGGGGAGAAGCAGCAGCUAUUUACUUUAGAGCUUCCACCUCCUCCUUCUGCUGCUGCAGCAGCAGCAGCAGCAGCAGCAGUAGCAGCUGAUGUCGAGAACCAUAGAAAAGCUAUUGAAGCUGCUGCGCUGCUGCAGCUCUUUGAUGCUGUCGGCUUCUUCACCCUUGGUGGAGGCAGCACUGUCUUUGGUGCUGCACUUGCUGCUGCUCCAGAAGAAUUUCAGGAAGAGAUAUUUCUUUGCUUAGAGUUGCUGCGCUUGGGGCUGCUAAGCGGAGACAGCCUAGAAAUGCAGCAGCAGAAUUUGCUGCCCUCGGGUGUACGUGCAGCUAUAGAGCAGCGGUAUGCAGGAGAAGAGAUGAAAUCAUCAUCAUCAUCAUCAUCAUCAGCAGCAGCAGCAGGUGCAGCAGCAGGUGCAGCAGGAGGUGCAGCAGGAGGAGCAGCAGGAGAUAGAAGACGUGCUGCGUUGCUGCUGCAGCGCGUCGCUUCUCUGCUGCCUCUAAGACUAAAGCCAGGCGUAGCUUGGCGUGCUGAUGUCUGCUUAGAUCUGUUCGGGUUCUCAACUCUUGUGUCUCUGCUGCGCACGUCCUUCAAAGAGUUAACCGAUGCUGCUCUCGUCAGCAGACUCCUGCAAGAGCCUCAUCUCAGCCAGUGCUGGAGACAGGAAGGAAGCAGCAGCAGCAGCAGCAGCAGCAGCAGCAGCAGUUUGCCUUCAUUUAAGUGCACAGGGUACGGCUUAGGUGUUGUUGUUGGAUUCUUCUUGAGUUAUUCGGGGCCCUCGGGCUUAGAUGAAUUUGCUGCAGCAGCAGCAGAAGCAUUUCCUGCUGCAGUAGAUGCUGUUGAAGAUCUUUGUGCUGCUGCUGCUCUGUGGAGGGCUAUGCAGCAGCUAGUUAGAGGGCUUUCUCUUGCUGUAGAUGCCGGUGAGCUAUUAAAAGAAAUAGAAGAAGCAGAUUUAAUAUUCACUAAACAAAUUCAGAAAACAAACCUCCACAUGCAUCCCAGCUACAGACGCAGACUCCAGCAGCAGCAGCAGCAGCAGCAGCAGCAGCAGCAGCAGCAGCAGCAUGAACAUUAA